AUGGCUGCUAGUCCUUGUCAUGAUCAAGCUGGUCCAAUAAUGUGGAAAGCUGUUAGUUUAACUUAUGUAGAAUAUCCAGCAGGUGAUUUAAUUGGCAAGUUAUUAGCCUAUUCUAGCUUGAUGCCGGUAUUUAUUGGAGUGAGUUUCGUCACUUUAAUCUUAUUCAAGCGCGAUUUGCAUACGAUGUCCUUUUUCUUUGGCCUUGUACUCAAUGAAAUAACUAGUUUGGCAAUAAAGUACUCCGUUCGUCAGCCUCGACCAUGCCGAAGUUCUGAAGACUUGGCUACUGAAUUUGGUAUGCCAUCUAGUCAUGCACAAUUUAUGGGCUUCUUUGCAGUUUACUUUAUUUUGUUAUUAAACGUCAGGGCUUAUGCAUUGUCGUCUAGCGAUCGGCUAUGGAAUAUUGCAAUAUCAGCAGAGGUUGCAGCCAUUGCUAUUGUCGUGUCUUAUAGCAGGAUAUAUCUGAUGUAUCAUACUACAAUGCAAGUUUUGGUUGGUUUUUUGCUUGGUACCUUAUUAGGUGUCUUGUGGUUCUUAGUCAAUCGUUUAUUUCUUGCCCCUAAAUUCUUUACAAUUGCUUCGUGGUGA